AUGAAUGACACACCAUACAACUUACCUGAUGAUGUACUGAUCUACAUUAUCGUGUUUCUUCCCGUUCCUGACAUCAUCCUCCUCCGACAAACAUGCAAAUGGUUCAACGCGCUCACAAGAUUACACAUCAUCUGGACAAACGCAUUCAAACUCAAUAUCCUCUCCAAUGACUACCCCACUCCCAUCGAUGACACAGAUCUUGAGCAACACAUGCUUCACACAUACUGA